GACGACGAUGACGAGCUCCUUCAACAAUGGAGGACUGCAACAAUCCUCAGUCUCUACUCUUUAAUUGCAUCGCUUAAAGCAAAAUCCCGAUCCUUUCUCCUUCUAAAACCCUAAUUCUAGCGAAUUUGAGUUUUGUUAAUUCGAAAUUUGAAACCUAAAAGUCUCAAUUCGUCUGGGAAUUUCAGAGACCGAUCAAAAUUCUCUUUUUCAAGUGUAAUCUUCUUCGUCUCCUCUUUAAUUCGAGCUAUCAGGGAGAGAGAGAUCAAACGUUAGCAACAAUGGAGAGCGAGAGCGAGAGCGAGAACAACGAGAGAAGUGAACAUAGAGCAACCACUUCAUUGGUACCCAGAGGAGGACCCAUUUAUCUGCCAAACAUGGUUGGAAACAUUUCUACAGUCCCUGAGUUCCGUUCUUCUUUUCUCAACCUACUCGAGGAUUUGGAUACUCAUUUAUCUCCCUCAUCAUCUUCUCAGCGAUUUGAUGUCUCAACUGAUGAUCUCAAGAUUUAUACCGAUGAGGAACUCACGGAGAUGGCUAUGAAGGAAGCCUUUCCUGAAGAUGAAAACCUUUCCCAAAAGGAGCUCGAACUAUCUUUAAACGCCUCUCAUCAUGCAAAAAGGAAGAGGACUGUAAAGAAUACUGGGGUAAAGAAGAGAACAGAAAAAAAGACUGAUGAAGCUUAUCUUGCCAGAGUCGAGCAGCUUGCGAAAAUCAAACAAAAGCAGGAGGAGGAUAAGGCAGCUGUGAUGCUGCACUGCUUCAGCAAAACUUGUGAAACUGGUAAAGAUGUAGCUGCACCUCCAGACGGUUAUGAGCAGAUGCAAUCUCUUAAGUUCAUAUAUAACAAUUACACGAAAGUGAAGCCAUCAGACAUCCAGGGACAAGUGGAGACGCUAUUUCCUGAAGUCAUUUUGUGUGUUGAGAUUUAUAACAGUCGUAAGGUUAAGACCCAAGAAAUUUUGGUUCUAGGACGUCAAAUGUUGACUGAAUUGAAAGACAAGAUUCACUGUCUUACAGACCACGUGAUGAAAAAGGCUGGAAAGUAUAACCCCUCUGGAUACUUUCUCAUAGAAGAUGUCUUUCACAAUGAUUCAAGGAACCCGUCGGUCAAAGAUUACAGCUACCCUAUUUUAGAUUGGAUUUGGAACUCGAAAGAUGAAGCUCUUAAAAAAUGGGAAUGCAUUCUAACCGGCGAAUUACAUAAAAAGCAGAAAGCAGUUCUAGGUGAAUCGAAAUCCAUGGAUGUACCUCGUUUCAGAACUACAAACAUGCAGAGUACACGCUUCUGUGACAUAAGAUUCAGAGUCGGAGCUAGUUAUCUCUAUUGUCAUCAGGGAGAAUGCAAGCACAUGAUAGUGAUACGGGACAUGAGGCUGAGUCAUCCAGAGGAUGUUCAGAGCAGAACAGCAUACCCGAUAAUAUUUCGAUCGAAGCCCAAGUUUCAGAAAUGCGGAGUUUGCAAGAUAAAUAGAGCUUCAAAGGUUGCAGUGGAUAACAAGUGGGCACAUGAGAAUCCUUGUUAUUUCUGUGAUGUUUGUCUUGCACUCUUACACUCAGAGGAAGGCUCUCUUGGCUGUGACUUCCCAGUGUAUGAUUAUGUGCAUGAGUGAAUACAAAUUUUGUUGCUUAAUCCUUAAAUAGAAAAGAUAGUUGUAGUUGCAAACUGAAAACAUGAUGAGUAUUUAACUUGAAUGGUUACUAGGAGUAUAUAUUUUAUGCUGAACCAAAUGGGAAUUUAUAACAGCUGAAACCGAAUUAACUUGA